CCUUAUCCUUUGUGUGAAGUUUACACUUGCUUUGAAAAUUUGCAUACACUUGAUGAAAAUGAAAGCAACUGUGCCCAGCGACAAUGGAGUAUAUAUAAUUCCAUUAAUUGAACAUUCGGGUUGUAAAUUUGGUGGACAUUUAGCCUAAAGGAUGACAGUGCGUCAAUAAUUACCGAAGUAUUGUCACUAGCGCAAUUUGAGGUCCUUGAUAGCCACAGUAGAUCGCACAAUCGCUAUCACUCGAGCUCUGAAGAUAGCCGCUAAAAGCUCAUCUUAAAAGAAAACGGCGAUCUGCUACAUUCACAUCUAUUCACAUUAAACGGCAUAACAGAGGCGCGACAAGUUAUCAAUUUGGAAGUUGGAACCGGGUAAAGGAAGAAAGUGGAAAGAAAUUCUGUGUAUUUCACAACGGUCAAACGAAAACAUGGGCUGUAGUCCGUCUCAUGCGCUUAUCAUCAAUUCCAACUCCAGGCCCGUUCACGACUCGCUGUGCCUUCAACCUCGCAUAUACAUGGUCUCCGAAUCAACUCUAAGGAUUCUACAAGACGUUGGAGAGCUGAGAGUAUACCAACACGAGGAUAAAGAUCCAGGCGUCGCGAGAGUUCGUUUUGGAACCAACACCAUUGAGCAGCUUGAAAAUCCUCUAAAGUACCAGCCACAAUUACGAAGGCAGUCUUCUCUCGUUUCAGAUGUUGAACCAGCGGCUUCGACCAGCUCAUUUUCGAGUAAAAAGACUGGUUUGGAAAUGUCUGACUUUGAGGAAGCUAAAGAGGAUAUUGUUAACGUAAGCGAAAGGGAAAAAUCCGCGAGUCGUUCCUCAAUUAUUCUCGCUGAAAUUCAUUCGCCCCGACUUUCCCCGGAAAAUAACGCAACAGAAUACAAAAUCAUACAUCAGAAUGAUGGUCAGUUUUACAUGAAGAGUCUGAAGAAAUGUGAGGCUGAAGAACUUGUUGCCACAAGCGCAAAAUCCCUCACCGUACGUGUUUUAAAUGAGCAAGAUCUAACAGCUUCUUUACAGGAAAUUGCCGAGGAAACCCGCACGCAUGGGCCAGCGAAACUGAGAUUAGAAAUUCAAGAGGUAAACACGAGAGAAGAGGAGGAAGAGAAUGGACAUUCAUUAAAGUGUGACGAGAAAAACACAACCGAGAAAAUGGACACUGUUUCACAGCAUGUCGCCGAAAACUCUGGCACAAUCAUUGACUUAGAAGCAAACCCAUAAGAGGAAGUUUAGAUUAAAAUCUUGACUUUAGUUUAUAAAAGUGAGUAAAAACGUUCUUGUUUCGAGGGAGCCAUGCUGUACAAAUAUACUCCCCAAUAGUGACUGUUCCGAAUCACAUUCGGGGCUUCUCGCAAAACAGAGCCGGUACACACACUCUCUGAACAGCUGUCUAGCGCCGUGAAAACGUCUUUUUUAUUGACUCACUUGGUCUGCUUAUAGACAGAGGAAGAACUUUAGACAGCAAGAAACAGUAAUUUAUCGAUACUUUAAUUUUAUCGAAAAAAGAAGAAAGGUCCGUGCAACUAAAACUGUUUUUGAAAGGGAAAGAAUAUCGCGUGCGAAAUUUUAUGCGGUGACUACUUUUAAGGACGAAAAAAAAAAUCAAAAGUAAAAAAUAUGCUGUAAAUAAAUGUAAAUAUGAAGAAUACAUGCAGUUUGAUUGACUCUGAAUGCCAGUCUAUUUGGCCCGUGUUUUUUUUCCUCGCAGACUCGCGCGGUUCUGAUAGAAAAAUAUUUAGAGUUAUCUCGUAAAAAUCGAUAUUAAUAUGGAAACAUGGAGUAGAAAAACACAGAUAACAAAGCCAAGCGCUGAGACGUGUUAUACACUCUUAUAUGUAAUAGUUACGAAUCUAAGAGUGAUAUAGGAAACGUAAUUUGCGCACGGCGUCGAUAUUAUAGCCCAUGAUUCUACAAAAUGAUUGACAUUGAAUGUAAAAUAUCUAAAAGGUUCGAAGAAUAAAAUGUGAUCAUAUCUCA